UCGAGAGCUAGAGUGAGACACAGAGACAUAAGAGACUGAAGGGAAUAAAGACAGAGACAGGGAGAAAGCAGAGGAGAGUGGGAGACAAAUUUGGGCAGCUCAAGAUCUUUCAGUUUGAUUUUUCUAACAGACUUGCGGGUAUUUUGUGGAUUUUUUUUGGGGGGUGGGUAUUUUGCUCUUUUUCUUUAUUAUUCUUUUUUAUUGUUGUUAUUAUUUGGAUUCUUCCUUCUCCUGUCCCCGGCGGGAAGAGUUCGGGGAUGCCUGCUGGCAUGUUCAGCAUCGACAAUAUUCUCGCCGCCCGGCCUCGCUGUAAAGACUCUGUGUUGCCUCUAGCUCCCAGCGCCGGGGCCCCGGUGGUCUUCCCGGCCUUGCACGGGGACUCUCUCUAUGCCAGCGCUUCAGACUAUGGUGGCUUCUACUCGCGUGCGGUAGCCCCCAGCGGAGCCGGCCUCCAGACUGCGGUCGGUGGCUCCCGCUUGGGCUAUAACAGUUACUACUAUGGGCAGCUGCAAGUGCAGGCGACGCCCGUCGGCCCAUCUUGCUGCGGGGCGAUUCAGCCUUUGGGGACCCAGCAGUGUUCCUGCGUCCCAUCCUCAGGUUACGACGGCUCGGGCUCAGUCCUGAUGUCCCCGGUUCCCCACCAGAUGUUGCCCUAUAUGAACGUGGGCACCUUGUCGCGGACCGAACUGCAGCUGCUUAACCAGCUGCAUUGCCGGAGGAAGCGGCGGCACCGAACUAUUUUCACGGAUGAACAGCUGGAAGCUCUGGAGAACCUGUUCCAGGAGACCAAGUACCCCGACGUGGGCACUAGGGAACAGCUGGCUCGGAGGGUGCACUUGAGGGAGGAAAAAGUAGAGGUCUGGUUUAAAAAUCGAAGGGCGAAAUGGAGGCGGCAGAAGAGGUCCUCCUCAGAGGAGUCGGAAAACGCACGGAAAUGGAGCAAAGCUUCGAAGCCAUCCCCAGAGAAAAGGGAAGAGGAAGGUAAAAGCGAUUUGGACUCUGAUAGCUGA